AUCAUAAAGGUUACUAUACUGGUAAAACACGUUUUGUUGUAUAAAGUUAUCAGUUUCUAAGUUAUAAGCUAAAGUUAAAGAUGGUUUUUACCACCGUAAUCAAUUUUGUAAGGUCAAAAGGGCCCGACGAAUUUUGGAGGAAGAGGAAAAUUUUUAAAAUGGCUGCGCAUUUUGUAGGCCGAAGGAGAAAUUGCUAUUCAAUUGCUAUACGUAAUGUUCACCGUGCCCUAGCCUACGCUACAAAAGGCAGACAACUCAAGAAACAGGACAUGAUAGAUCUUUGGAAAACGCAAAUAGAUGCGGGAAGCCAGCAACAUGGUUUGUCUUACAAUUUGAUGAAGGAAGGGUUAAUCAGGAGCAAUAUUUUGCUCAAUAAAAAAACCCUCGCCGAUCUAGCCAUUUGGGAGCCGUACACGUUUAAGGCUUUAACUCAAAUAGCAGCUGUGAAAGUGAAAGAGGAAAAAAUGCCAUUAGAUGACGAUACUGAAAUCCCUGAAAACGUAAUAACCAGAGGAUUGUUAUCUAAAUAAUGUUAGGUCUUAUUUCAUAUAAAAAUAAUAUAUUAUUUACAAUAAAGUAGUGUAACUACACACUUUUGUAAUAAACUCUUGUUACAAA